AUGUCACAAACUGAAAAACAAUUACUUGAACAACAGGAACGUGAUUUACGUGAGGAAAAACGAGCUUUAUUAAAGAGACGUUUAAAGGAUUUUGUGCAUACAUCAGAUGGUCGACGACCAAUGACAUCACAUUUGUCAACGACAACAAAACAUACCAAUGAUGAGAAGAAUGAAUGA